UUGUUUUCACCGGGGAUUUGUGAGCAAAAUGCAAGAGCCCGAGACGCACGCGCUGCGAGCGUGCACGUUUGUUUAGUUAACGUUACAAGCCUUUAUUCGCGUGCAUGAUUUCAUCGUUAUAUUGCAAAAAACGGAGCAGGGAACGUGAUUUUUGUUUGUUUUUGGUUGCAGCUGUUGUGUCCUGUGAGGCGGCGUCUUCCCCUACCCGCCUCAGCUCGCGUUUAAUCGCCAGCCUUUUAUUUUUGAUGUUUUGACGGGACAGAAGUCUCAACGUUAGCUGCUGGAAGCUAACUGGCUAGCCGUGGUUUAGCAUUAAUGUUAGCAUGCAGGAAUCAUCCGUAUGUAAACUGGCUGGCCAGUGAGCUGCUCUCUUGUCGGUAAUCCCUGUCAUGUCAGAUUUCUUAGACUGCAGAUACCGGAACAUAAUAUUUAUCAAACCACCUAUGCUAGUGUUAUUAUGCUCUUAACGCUGCUUGACUGCUCAGCUGUUGCAGAUCCUGACUCGUGGCUUGUUUGGCUUUGAGUAAACAAAGUUGCUGACCAUGACCAAAAUGCAUCCGAAAACAGUUAACUGUCACCAGGCUCAAUGAAUUAGGGACGCUUUGUUGCGCUGAUCAGACCUCUGUAAAUGCAUUUAUACAGUCUGACGUGACUGGAUAAAGGGGUGGGGCCAUUUCCAAUAUUUAGACAAUAAAUCAUAAUGAUAACCGAGAUAGCUGAAAUAAUUUCUCCAUAAUAAUUGCCUGUUUGCAGUAGAUUUGUGUUUCUCAACCCUGGUCCUUGCUCACCACAUCAAAUCGGGGACAGAUUUACUCCUGGAUUGCUGCUGAAGCUUCUGCAAGGACGGAAAACCAGCAUUGAUGUGGUACUAAACUCUAGUUACAAGCCGCGUGUGUGGGAGAAAAAGGAAGGGGACGCCUGUGAAGGUGUGUGACCGAGCGUAUGUAACAGAAGAUGAGGAGGAGGAGAGCAUGUCAGAGCACAGCUACAGUCCUGGUGAUAGUCAGUAUCCAGAGGGUGCAGAAGACCGCCUCCCUCCACCCGGCAGUCCCUACUACCUGCCUGAUCCCACUCAGCUCUGUGUGCCAGAGUUGGGGGAGGAGGGAGCAAGUGGUGUACGGGGACCUGUGCUCUUCCAUCCGCCGCCAAACUGCCGGAUUCGAGAAGUCCACUGUGGGACCCAGGUGCGGUUGGUUGUCAUAGCAAUCCGCGACAUCGUCAAAGGGGAGGAGAUCACAGUGGACUACAGCCUGACAGACUGGGGCGAGAAUGCAAUGGAGGAAGAGGCCGGCCCCCACCCACUGUCCCUCUCCGUUUCUGAUUACCUUACCCCCUCCUGGUCAUUAUCACCUUCAUCCUCCCCACUCACCCACUCUGAGCCCAGUGACUCGGACCGUGAGGAGGACGAAGAGGAGGAAGACGACGAUGAUGACGAUGAUGAUGAAGAAGAGGAAAUGGAGGAGAUAAGGGGUCGAAUGCUCCGCCGCCGCAAGAAGCGCAAGCUGCCCGCGGUGGUCAAUGCAAAGAAGAAGAGCUCACCCACCUCCUCCAGAGGACCUGGGCGCCCCUGCUCAUCCUUUUCCCGCCCGACACCUGUGGCACCCCCAGCCAGAUCCCAGUCUCAGCCGCCAGUCAGCGCCCUGUCACCCCCGACCACCAACAUCAACAACAACAUUAACAUAAACAUUGGCAGCUCCAGCGGUGCCACAGUGAGCCGGCGGCAGCACUGCCCAUACUGCGGCCGCCACUAUCGCUCUCUGGCACGCCACCUGGAGAAGCACCACGCCAACCAGCCAGAGGUCAGAACAGCCAUGGAGCUGGCACACCUGCACACGCACAGCUCUUCAAAUGGCAGCGCCUCACACCCUCACCCCUCAUCGUCCUCCUCCUCCGCUCCUCACAGUCAUUCCUUUGCUGUCCCUCAGUCCUCGGCCUCCAACCCUGCUCCACCCUCUCUCUUCGCCAGGGAGAGGGAAUCACCAGCUACACGCUCGAGCACAGGCAGCGUCUCGUUCUCCCUCUCGCUUUCACCGCCUUCUUUGGCUCAGCCCGCAGCCACCAAGAAGGGGCCUAGCUUACCACUGCCCACCACAAAACGUCCUGCACCCCCAAUGGUGUCACGAGUAAAGAGUCCGUCACCGCCUCCCCCAUCUACUCCCAGAAGGGGUCGGAGGAUGAAGAGAGAAAAGCAUGAAGAGCAGCAAACAGUUGAGGUGGAGAGCUCGAGAAGUCAAGAGGAGCUGGUUCCACCUCCUACUCCAGAGCCAGACAUAGAUCCAGAUGAAGAUCUGGAGCUGAGUGGAGACGGAGAAGACGAUGCACCAGAGGAGAAGAAUGGAGAGAUUGUAAGACAUCACAUGUCUCCGCUGCUCUCUUCCCUCUCCUGUUUGGUCGUCUACCUCCGCCACCAGCAGCACUCCUCUUUCCUUUCUUUAACCCGUUCUCCUCACUCUGCUGAGGCCUGGCGCCUGCUCUGCCAUUCUAGCCUCUCUCUACUCAUCCUCUACAACCGCCACCGGGAAUGUGAGGUGGCCAAGCUCACUAUCCAGGACUACCGCAACCGUAUCACUCCCCAGGCCAGCUCCAGCAACAGCUCCCCCUCUGGCAUGGAAGCCAUCCUGUCCCCCUUUGAGCGCCAGGUCCUCUGUAACCUCCCGCGGGCUGGUGUUUUGGGCAAGCGUGGUCGCAUCCAGCCACUUAUUUUCCCGCCACACUGUGAGUCCUGCCUGGACCUACUCCUUCAAACCAGCCCCAAUGUGGGUGUGGACCCAGAGAGCCCCUAUGUCUUCUCCCGGCCCUACCACUCUCCUGCCACCCCGCUCCGGGGCACGGAGGUUCUGAGAAACCUGGCACGAGCCAGCGGGGCCAAGAACCCCGGAGCACUGACAGCGACGCGUGUGCGGCGGCAGGUAACAAUACUUACUCAACUGCUACUAUUAGAGGAGGGCGAGGGCCAGAGUGGAGCUACCAAACGGCUGGAGGACUUCCUGGAACGAGAAUACCAUGUGACCCAGAACUGCUCCACUAUCAUUCGGGAUCCAGCACUGAUGGGUCGUGUUGGUCGUGUUGUUCUUUAUGGUGAGAGGGAGGGCGUGCUUUUCCGAGGGAUGAGCCUGCAGCACAUCUGUCUAGAGUUGGAUGUAAUGUCUGGCAACUCAGCAGACUCCUUUUCAGAAGAUUCAGAGGCAGAGGAAGAAAAGGAAGAAGUUAAGGAGAAAGCUGAGGUGAUGGUGAAGAAGAAAGGACCGGGGCGACCGCCACGGAAGAAAAGAGCACCCAUUCCUUCUCCAGUCAGCCCAUCGAUAGCUAAUGUUCAUAAGAGGAGAUGUAUUCCACCAAAAUCAGGGAAGCGUGGUGUGCUGAAGCGCCCCUGGUCAGAGGCGGAGCGUGUAGCAGUGGAGACUCACUUAAAGAGAAACCUCCUGGAGCUGCGAGUCCCUGCGAAGGCGGACUGUGAGCGCUGCCUUGAACUCUGCCCUCUGCUGGUGAGCAACCAGCGAGACUGGAGGGCCAUCAAGUUUUACGUCCACAACCGCAUCCAGCUGCUGAAGAAGCAGGGGAGGAGGGAAAGCGCUGCCGCGGUCUGCUAGGGCAAAACACCGACACGGCAGAGGACACGUACCAUAAUGUAUAAACCACCAGCAAAUCAUAAUGAAGAGAAAAGGUCUUGGUCAUGGUGGAGUGCAGCUUCUCUUUUGUUCUUUUCUUUCAUGGGUGCAGUACCUGAAGUUAGGUGCAUCCCCAGUCUCAUCACCCUGGGCAUAAGUGAGUAGAGUAAUAAAACUGACUAAGCUAAGAAAACAGAUGAGUUGCUCCAGUUAAGGAUCAUUCAUACUCAGUAUUCAGGAUGCCCAAUGUCUGUUUUCCAUAUGUAUUUUUAAGCGGUUGGACAAGAUGUAUCAAAAGUGUGAAUAUGAGUUCAGACACAGUGAAUGCAUUUUUUUUUUUUUAAGAUUACUUUUCAUGUCAUCUUUACUUUAUUAUAGUUGACAGUGGAGAGUGGUAGGAGAUAUGAGAGAGAAGGUGACAUGAUGCCAAUCCAGGAGGUUGCAGUAUGCGCUUCAGACCACCAGGACAAGCUACAGCGAAAGCUCCUUGGUCUUGUGUUCGCUUCCAAUGAAGGCUGAUGACCAAACAUGAAUGUGUAAAGCUUUGGAGGAAGAAACCAAUGGUUCUGAACUUAAAAAUUUCCUCACAGAUAGACUACAUGUCUUCAGGACUGAGACAUGUAUAAACUUGUAAAGUUUGUGUUUGAUAUUGACUGGCAUUUUGCUCCCAACCCAUGGAGCCCAACUGACGAGUGGAUUAAAAAGUAUUCUUUGAAGUCUUGGACCAUGAUGCACCUGUAAAGUGGUUCUUGCGUACCCCUUAUACCAUGAUCAUAGUCAGACUAUUAUGUAUCAAGGCACGCCUACUUGAAUUUAUUGCGCAUCAGAAUUUUAAACAAGAAAAUGAUUUCAGAAUCAACAUGUGGUCUUAUUCAUAAUGUAAAUACUUCCAAAUCUAUUAAAAGUAUACAGUAGUGAUGAAGUUAGUAUUGUGUUGUGUAUAUACUGUAAAUACUACCUGUACUUAUUAAAGUGUAUGACAUUU